AAGUUUUAGCCACUCAUGUGCAUUGCAAGCGUUUGUUUGUCCAAUCAGAAGCCUGACGCUCACUUGCUGCGAUUCAGGGUAGCGUUGGCUGGUUUAUUUUUUCACAAGAAUUGCCACCGUUUUUACCCAUGAUGCAGUUCAUGCUUCUCUUCAGUCGACAAGGCAAGCUCAGGCUCCAAAAAUGGUACGUGCCUUUGUCGGAUAAGGAGAAAAAGAAGAUCACCAGAGAGUUGGUGCAGACUGUGUUGGCUCGAAAACCCAAAAUGUGCAGCUUCCUGGAGUGGAGAGACCUCAAGAUUGUUUACAAGAGAUAUGCCAGCCUGUACUUCUGCUGUGCCAUAGAAGACCAAGACAAUGAGCUUAUCACACUGGAGAUCAUCCACAGAUAUGUGGAACUGCUGGAUAAGUACUUUGGCAGUGUUUGUGAGUUGGACAUUAUUUUCAACUUUGAGAAGGCGUACUUCAUUCUGGAUGAGUUCUUGCUUGGUGGGGAGGCUCAAGAGACUUCUAAAAAGAAUGUAUUGAAGGCCAUUGAGCAGGCUGACCUGCUACAGGAGAAUAUAGACUUUCAGAUGCGUCUAUUUGCAGGUGUGAUGGUCCCAAAUAUGGCCUCCGAGUCAUCUGGUCUUUUCAAGAAUUAGGCCUGCUGAGCCCUGUCAUGAGUACUUUAACGUGCCUGUGUACUGACUGGCUGCCAUCGCUGCCGCUGAUGCUGAUCCUAUCCCUCCUGCAUGCUGAGCUCCUCAGUGUCUGGCACCAUUCAUUCUGCCCUCUGCGCACCUGUUAUUCACAUUUGUUUGGCACUCUGACAAUGUGGUCACCUCUGUCUUCAGUUCCAUACAUAAGUCAUGAUACAUGAUUGUAGUAAUACUAAGUUAAUAUUGCAAAUUCUUCACUGCAAGGAUGUUAUUACUGUCAUUGCUUAUUGUUGGUACCAUUUCAGUGGGUCGACACCGCUCAGUAUUGUUAACAAUCUAAAGUAACAUUACUGCAUCUUGUGAUGUCUUCACACAACUGUUCACCCCUUUUCAGUUCAUCUUACUAAUUUAUAAAAUGUGGUACAAGGUAACUUUUUGCAGUGUUAAAUUGACACUGCAGCAAGUGAAUGUGGCCCCAUAUUGUGCUAAAUCAACUCUAUGGAGUAAAUUAACUGUGAGUGAUGAUUAAUAUGGUUUAACCCUUUAAAUAUAGCCCUGGUCAAAAUUAUUGCCAUUGUUAUAUUACAAGUGCAGAAUCUAAA